AUGCAGGUUUUCGGCAUGAACCCGGAACGAUUCGUGGGAGGUUAUUCCGAGGAAUUCGAAAAAACGUUCAUGGAGCACAUUCGACGUAGUCACAGGUUCAGCCGCGUGGCCGCGACGGUCGCUUAUAACGAGUACAUCGCGGACCGGCACCACAUCCACAUGAACUCUACCAAGUGGUUGACGUUAACGGAAUUCGUCAAGCAUCUCGGCAGGGAAGGCCUCUGCAAAGUCGAGGAUACUCCCAAGGGCUGGUUCAUAUCUUACAUCGAUCGCGAGCCGGAAACGCUGUUCAAGGAAGGGCAGAAGAAGAAGCGGGAACGCGCGGAGCUGGUGGGGGAAGAGCGACACGAGAAGGAGAUUCAGGAGCAGAUUGAACGGGCGAGAUCGAAACAGCAGCAGCCAGAGGAAUCGGCGGAAAAAGCUGUGGAUCCGGAAAAGAAGGUCCUGCAGCGCGAUCCUAACACGGGAGAGAAAAUCGCGUUUGCGUUUGGAGGGUUGGGAGGAGGAGGUGGAGGGAGUGGGUCGUCUGGAGCGCAGAAGGCAGGUGGGAGUCAGAAGCCAGGAGGGAGCAGCGCUGCAGCAGCAGGAGCAGGAGCAGGUGGUGUUGGUGGUGGUGGUUUACAGGUGGAGAGUAAAACAGGAGCGCCGGUGUUUGGUGUAGAGGAUGAUGAUGCUGAUGGGGCUGGUGAUGGGUUUUCGGUGGGGAAAAAGGCAAAGCGAGGUGGGGAGAAUGAGGAUAAAACAGGGUCCAAAUCAGGUGCUGGCAAAGCUGCUGGGGGAACCCUAGCAGCGUUAAUGGAAGAGCAGGAGAGGGCAAAGGAGAAGGCGAAUCGGAAGGACUACUGGCUUACAGAGGGCAUUGUAGUGAAGAUUAUGAGCAAAGUGCUCAAGGAGAAAGGGUAUUACAAGCAGAAAGGCGUGGUGCUGCGAGUGAUAGAUAGAUACGUUGGUGAGAUUAAGACAUUGGAAGAGGGGCAUGUGGUAAGGGUGGAUCAGGAGGAGUUGGAAACGGUGCUGCCGCAGAUUGGAGGGGUGGUGAGGAUUGUGAAUGGGGCGUACAGGGGUAGCCUGGCAAAGCUGGUGGGGGUUGACACGGAGAAGUUUUGUGCAAAGGUGGAGAUUCAGAAGGGUGCGUUCGAUGGGAGGGUGAUUUCAAGGAUUGAUUAUGAGGAUAUCUGUAAGGUGCAUGUGAAGUGA